AUGUCAAGUAAUACAUUAGAGGAUAGUAAUCUCUUAUCACCAGGAUAUAUUUCGUUAAAUGACAAGAGUAACGAAUAUGUUAAGCCUGAUGCUAACCUUGUCGAUUCGCACAAUAAUGACAGACUCAAAGAAACCAAUUUUGGCAUAUCUAACACAGUCCAUUUUCCCACAACAACAUCAUAUAUCGAAAAUAUGAAUAAAGCAGGCAUUUCAGGAGAAGAAACAGAACAAACACCGUCACUAAUGCAAACUACGAACAAGAAGAACGGCGACGAAAUGGCAUCACAACUCCACAUGCCAAAUAAUACUGAUGAUCAUAACAUCUCUGUGUCUUCGAAUAUGAGUGAUCAUCGUACCAAAACUUUACCAGAUGCUGAUACGAUAGUAGAACAAAAAAAUCCAUCUCUAUCUCCAUUAUCUCGUUCUAAAAACGACGAAUCUCAGCAAGAGAUUGAACGGUUAAAUCCAUUCGCAAUCACUACCAGUGACGAGAAGUUUGCUGAAUACAUAGAAAAUUCUAUGAAAUCUACUACAUUCACCAUUUCAUCAUUGACAUCAACAACGUUACACGAUGAGAAAGAAAUUCGAAGUGGAAUUACUGAAGAUAAUACAGCUUUCAAAUUCAGUCUAGAACCACAAACAACUGCACCACAUUUAAAUUUCGAAGAAGGACGAUUACAUUUUCGAUCUCGAAGUCCUGUUAAUGAUCCGUUUCCGGACGAUAUCUCUGACGAUGUUUUUGUUGAGGACCGAUUGCUAGCCGACGACUCAUCAUCGGAUACUGAUAAAGACGAUGACAAUGAUGAUGCAGAUAGUGAAGAUGAAUUUAUUCACAUAGAAAAACCACCCUCUCCUAUUUAUGACACUACUUCCCCUAAAGAUCUAACUAAAAAUAACUCUGAUACUAAUAAAGAAAGCAACGCAUUUUUUGAUAUAUUUCAGAAAAUGAAAACAUUUUAUAAUCAGUUGGAAGAGGAAUCAGCCUGUAUUAUAAGCGGAAAAGCAAUGUCGAGACGAACUACGCUAAAGUCAGAGAAAAGUUGA